CCUGCAUGCACCUGUUAAGCAGCUGCCUGGUCACAUGAUGGACACCAACGGCUGUCAGCUGAUUGACGUGAUCACAUUUCGGCUCUGAAGUGUGUUGUGUUUCUAAACUCUUGCUCAACCGGCCCAAAGUCUGUGAAAGUUGGGCGAAUAAGCGGUUGAAAUUUCUUACCUGGAUUUGGUUGUUAAUUGCCUUCAUUACUGGGACAAAGGAAGUCAAGUGGUGAUGGAGACAGACACACUUGAGGACCAGCUUCUCUUCUAUGCCAAAGCGGGCAGUUGUUGUGAUAUUCAGAGGCUCCUUCAGUCGAGAAUAGACCAAAGCAGCCCUCUCAAUAUCAAUUGCAAAUCUACCUCUAAUGCCAGUACUGGAUGGACACCCCUGCAUCUGGCCUGUUACUUUGGACACAGGGAGGUUGUGGAAGAGUUACUCAAGGCAGGGGCUGAUGUAAAUCUGCAGAACAACAUGGGUGACACACCUCUGCACAAAGCAGCCUACACUGGGAGAAAGGAGAUUGUUCUGUUGCUGCUGCGGUACGAUGCCUGUUCCAACAUAAUCAAUGGAACAGCUCAGAUCCCUAAAGAUGUAACAGAAGAUGAUGAAAUUAUUACAAUGCUGGAGGCUGCAGAGAGACGAGAGACAAGGCGGCGGGAGGAGAAGCUACUGGAAGCAGCCAGAGAGGGGGACGUCUCCGUUCUGUCUAAGAUGCUCAGUGGAAAAUGGGCUCCAGAUAUUCACUGCAGGGACUCGGUUGGGAAUACGCCUUUACAUUGUGCAGCCUACAGAGGGCAGAAGCAGUGCAUUAUAAAGCUGCUCAAGUCUGGAGCCAGCCCCACUAUUAAAAACAGCAAUGGCCAGACAGCAUUAGACCUGGUCCGCAGUGAUGAACUGAGACUGAUCCUUGCAGCCUAUCAGGACAAGGAUGUGAGGAGUGGAGUGCAGAAGAUUGAAGGCCCUCUUUGGAAGAGUUCACGCUUUCUUGGAUGGCGAUCCCACUGGGUGGUAAUUGAAGAUGGAACUCUCUCCUGGUACCCCAGACAGGCUGAUGCACUGGCUGGUGUCAGAAAACAGGGCUGCACAUCUCUAACACAAUCCUACUGCAUGAUCAAACCGUGGGAUCAUUGCUUCUUCAUGCUCAGGUGCUUUGAUGACACUGUCCAUUACUUUAAGGUCCCGUCAAAGACAGAUUCAAUGGCAACAAGAAAAAGAUGGUUGGAUGCCUUUGAGGCGCAUUCAUCCUAUAGCACUCGCCAGUGCACCCAAAAAAACACUGUUGAAGAUGGAGAUGGUGAUGGUGGCAUUACACUGAGGAAUUUUUCACAUGCCCUUCAGGCAGCCAGUGCUAUCCAGCAGAAACUGGAGAGUGAAGUGUCAAUAUUUUUAUCAAUGCUGAAGAAUGAGGAGAAUUGCGCACUGGCUGUCCCUCUUUUGCUGAAAGCCAAAGAGACCAGUGAGCUCUCCAGUGAAACCUGUGCUGCUCUCCAUCUUUGCCUUGACAUGCUCUCAAAACAAGAGGAGGUGUGGAGUCUGAGGUUAGAGCAGGAGGUGGAGAAGAACAAAGCUCUGACAGAGGCUCUGCAGACAUUGGCAACUGAGCACCACGAACUCAAGCAGUCCCUGUGUAAGAGCAGGAGGUCGUCUACCCUCAGUACUCUCACUGAAGAUGACUUCUAUGAUGCUGUGUCAGAGUCCGAGUCGGAGCUCUCUGUGAGCGGCUUCCUGUCUGUGGCCAGUCACUCCUGUGAAGAGGACGAGGGGAGAGACACCCCCCUUCUCCGCCAACCCAGCACAGUCAGGGGACCUACCGGAAUGUCAGGGGAAGGUGACCAUGGCAACCAACCAGGCCAGUACAAUGGAGUCAAGAGGCACAGGACAUGUCUCCCAGCUCCUAUGUUCUCCAGGAAUGACGUCAGCAUCUGGAGUAUCCUGAAAAAAUGCAUUGGCAUGGAGUUGUCAAAGAUUGCCAUGCCUGUGAUAUUUAAUGAGCCUCUGAGUUUCCUCCAGCGGUUAGCAGAAUACAUGGAGCACACCCAUCUAAUCCACCAGGCUAAUGCCACAACAGACUCUAUUGAAAGAAUGAAGUGUGUUGCAGCAUUUGCUGUGUCAGCUGUAGCAUCGCAGUGGGAGAGGACUGGGAAACCAUUCAACCCACUACUGGGGGAGACCUAUGAGCUCAUCAGAGAAGAUUUGGGCUUCAGGUGGGUGUCAGAGCAAGUAAGCCAUCACCCUCCAGUCAGUGCCUUUCAAGCUGAGGGCCUCAAGCAUGAUUUCGUCUUCCAUGGCUCCAUCUACCCCAAACUCAAGUUUUGGGGGAAGAGCAUAGAAGCUGAGCCCAAGGGACUCAUCACACUGGAGCUCCCCAAAUAUAAUGAAGCCUACACUUGGACAAACCCCACCUGUUGUGUCCACAAUAUCAUUGUUGGUCAGCUUUGGAUCGAGCAAUACGGCAGCGUGGAAGUGGUCAAUCACAAGACUGGAGAGAGAUGCAGCAUGACGUUCAAACCCUGUGGCCUCUUUGGAAAAGAGCUCCAUAAAGUGGAGGGAUACAUCCUAGAUAAAAGCAAAAAGAAGCUCUGUGCAAUCUAUGGCAAGUGGACUGAAUGUCUAUACACAGUCGACUCGGCUACCUUUGAUGCCCACAAAAAGACUGACAAAAAGAAUUCAGAUGAAAAAAAGGGGAACAAACAGAGCAGUGUGGAUGAGGAGCCAGAAGAGGUGCCUCUGCCUGAUGCUGAGACGGUCCAGGUCAUCCCAGGCAGCGAGCUCAUCUGGAAGAUAACGCCUCGGCCGGAUAAUUCAGCCAAGUUCUACGCCUUCUCCACAUUCGCCAUGCAUCUAAAUGAGCUGGAGAAGAGCAUGGAGGGUGUUAUUCCCCCAACAGAUAGCCGCCUCAGACCUGACAUUCGUGCAAUGGAGAAUGGAGAUACAGAUUUGGCGAGUGCAGAGAAGAAGAGACUUGAGGAAAAACAGAGAAUGGCCCAGAAGAAUCGCACCAAAUCAACAGAAGAAUGGAAAACAAGGUGGUUCCAGCAAGGACCCAACCCUCACAACAAAGUUCAGGACUGGCUCUACUUGAAAGGCUACUGGGACAGGAACUACUCUCACCUGCCUGACAUCUAUUAACAAGUAUAAGUACACACAAAUACCAUACACUUGGAAAGCUACUUCUACCACAUUUGUACUUAAUCUGCUGUACUGGGGUCUGUGCUCCGCCCCCCUAGGACAUGCAGUGGAAAAAAAAAACUGGCAGUGAAACACUGAAUGAACCCAGUGACAUAUACUCAUCAAUAGAUGUU